CCUGAUCAUGGCGACGCUCCCCGCCGGUUGGGAAUGGGACUAUGAUGGCAGUCGAUGGCUCUAUCGCUACAAGCCCACCGGCCACGUCCAGUAUCACUUCCCCAAGGCGGGCGACGAGUUCCCCCACUACAUCGACAUCUCGUCGCCAGCGCCGGACCUCGCGCCCGAGGAGCGCCUCGAGUCGCAGCAGCAGGUCAAGCGGCAUGCCAGCGUCAGCGGGGUCCCCGGCCAGACGGGUCGAGAGGACAGGGACAGAUGGAGGGCGCGCAUGUCGGCGACGGCACGGCCCGUGAGCGCCGUCUGGGACGACGACUUUGUCAGGGACGAGGACGUUCGGGCAGAGGCGGCGGAAGCGGAGGUGGAGGCAGAGGAAGAGGGGGUGUUUCAGCCGGAGAACUUCAUGUUCCUGGGGCCGGGGACGUAUACAGAUGUCAGCCCGCUGGUGGAAGAGGAGGAAGAGGCGGCGAGGAGGACGGUGGUGGGAGGUGAGCUGGGUAGUGGACAGCAGACGGAUAUCAGAGGUGUCAGUCCUCUGGUAAGCCAGAACACGACGCCGAUGGUCCAGACGAGCGAGACGGUUCCCCGUGGGUCUACGACGGCCGUGGACGAACGAGCUGUUGAGCCGCCGCCGCCUCUAAUAAACCACCAGGAUUCAGCGGUGGUGCCUCCGCAGGAAUUCAUCGUGGGAGAUGAUAUUGUGGGAGAGGCGAGCGCGCCGAUUGAUGGAGGUUACAGUUACGAUAUGUUUGAGCUGCCGGCCGAGACUGCCGUGCCCAUGCGCCUGCAGUUUGAUCCCGUGGGUACGGUGCCCGAGAUGCCGACAGAACAUACGGGCGCCUCUCGUGCGGAGAUGGAACCGGAUCCUGUUGAGCUGGCGGACAACUAUGUCAUGGCGCCAAUUGAAACAGAGCCGCGGCCUGGCUUUGUAGAAUUGCCGGCUGACGUGACACCACCGGAGGAGGAUGCUGUCAGAGCAGAAAGGAUAACGGAGGAGCAGAAAUUGGAGUUGCGAAGACAGGAAGUCAGGCGGCAGCAAGAAGAGCGACAGCGUGAGGUCGAGCGGAGGCGAGAAGAGCGCAAGAGGAGGGAAGAAGAGGAAUUACACAGAGAGCUGCGGCGGCAGCAGCAGAACGAGGCUCAGAGUCCGACCCAGGAACAGAGUGGUGAUGCCCCGACGCCCUUCAAGAUUGCCAGGAAACCGACACUUCGAGAGUCCAGUGCAGUCUACAAUGCCUCCUCAGCAGAGGAUUCAGCCGACCAACUCGUUUCCGGUGCGGACCAUGAGUCCCGCAUUGCAGCGAGAGGCGUCGCUCAAUAUGAGCAUGAGGCCGAGUACUGCUUCUGCGCCGCCGGUGGAUCAGAGGAGAGUGCCGUCUGUACUGAAGCCAGCUAGGAACGGGUCGCCUCGAAACUCUGGUAUACAGCAGCAACCGCUGGCGACGACGCCGAAUG